AUGGAGGAGCAGCCGAAGGAGGGCGAGGCCGAGGUCGCGGAGCACUGGUUCUCUAAGUGGGAGCGCCAGUGCCUGGCCGAGGUGGAGCAGGAAGAGGACCUGCCCCCGGAUCUGCAGGAGGAGGCGGCCCCCGAGACGGCGGGGCUCAAGAGCGAGCAGCAGAAGCUGUGGCACCUCUUCCAGACCUCAGCCACUGCCGUGGCCCAGCUCUACAAGGAUGCGGGGUGCCAACAGCCAGGACUCUCCAUGUGGGACCCUUUCCAGAAUGCAGCCAUGGCCGUGACCAGCCUCUACAAAGAGAGUGGGCAUGCCCACCAACGAAGUUUUGACCUGGGCAUCCAGGUGGGCCACCAGCGUCGCAUCAAAGAUGUGCUGGAAUGGGUGAAGAAGGGCCGGAGCAUCAUCCUCCGCGAAGAUCUGAUCAGUUUCCUGUGUGGCAAGGUGCCUCCCGCGCCCCCGCCGCCGCCUCGCACCCCAAGGAUGCCCGCGAAGCCGGCCUCCGAGGCCCCCAGCCAGGCCGCCGCCACCGAAUCGGGCUCGUCGGUGGACGUCGACCUGCAGCCGUUCCACGAGGCCAUCGCCCUUCAUGGCCUCAGCGGCGCCAUGGCCAGCAUUAGCGUGCAAUCCGGUGCGCCCGGCUCCCCGCCUCAAGCCAGCGAGGUCGCCGGCGGUGGCCGCCGAAGAAGUAGCUUCCUCGAGGAUGACUUGAGCCCGAUCGACUGUGAAGAACUGGCCCUCUGCCUGGACAGUGGGGGGUCCCGCAAGCGCACCUCGGCCGAGUGUGGUGAUGGCGACACGGACUCCCCAACCCACAAGCGCAACCGAAUGGCCUAA